GAAAAACACUCUCUGCAUUUCAAUCGAGCUGGACAGCCUGCACUCCGCUUUGGGAGAGCCACACAGUCAAGGGGGCCGCUGCUGGAAAAUCUCUUGAGCGUUUCUGCCUCGGUCAAGACAAGGAAGAGGGGGAGGAGGAAGACGAGAGGAGGCUUUUCUGAAGAGGGUUUGGUAUAUGGGGGCUGUUCAUUAGAGAAGGCACUCAGCACUGUGUGUGGAGCAUGAUGUCGUCCUAGCUGGAAAGCGGUGAGGAUGCUGUAUUGGGCUGAUUUCUAAGCAGCAUGGAGGAGGCUGCCAGCCAGCUGGAGAGAGACCAUGUUCACAGCGUCUAUGAGAGGAUUGCACCCUUCUUUAAUGACAGCCGCUACAAGGCCUGGCCCAGAGUCAAGCAGUUCCUGCUGGAGCAGGAACCAGGCAGUAUCGUGGCAGAUGUGGGAUGUGGCAAUGGCAAAUACAUGCACAUCAAUGGCAGCAUCUUCAAGCUGGGCUGUGACGUGUGCCGGCCACUGGUGGACUCGGCCUGGAGUCAGGGUCAUGAGGUCCAGCUGUGUGACGGCCUGCGGCUGCCCUACAGGGACAGCUGCUUCGACGCCGUGCUCUCAAUUGCAGUCAUCCACCAUAUGUCGACUAAAGAGCGUCGGAUCAGAGCGCUGAAGGAGAUGGCACGGACACUGCGAGUCGGAGGCCGCAUCAUGAUCUACGUGUGGGCCAUGGAGCAGAAGAGGCGCAAGUUUGAGAAGCAGGAUAUCUUUGUCCCCUGGAACCCGAACCCUCCCCUGUCCCCAAGAGAGCCUGGCAGACGAAGGCGCCAGGACAACGGAACCCAAAGUGUUAGCAACAGACAAGACUUCAGUGACAAGCACAGGAACGUGAAAAGCACAUCCUCAAUGGUAGAUGAGGAAGAUCCGGGCAGCCCUGGUCAGCAGAGAAAACAGAAGCUCUGGUUUUUCUCCAGGUCGCUGGACUCCGUGCUGGACUUCAGCAGCCUGAGCGUUUCCCGCUCCUCCUCCAGGGAGCUCAGUGCUUUCUGUAGCCCCAUUGGAGAAACUAGAGGUGAAAUGGAGGCUGGUGACGGUACACCGCUUUCCCGCGGCAGAGGGCUCAUUAGGCAGGUGUCCAGCUUCUUCUGCUCCUCAACAUCCAGGACCAGUCUAGAAGAGGAUGUCUUUGUCUCCGACCCACAAGACCAGGCUCAGAAAGUGAACAGCAACAACACCAGGAACGGAAAUGAAACAGUCGCCGUUGCACUUGUCCAGGACUGUUCAUCUGUUCCCUUACCGGACUUGGUGUCAUGUCAGAGGGAGCAAACAGACAGCGUAGGUCUUGAGGAGGUGGACAGUGGAGAGCUUGGACAAAAUGCACAGGAGAGGCAGGAGAGCCCUGUGCAUCUUCAGCAGAAUGAGGGGAGGAGCACAGAGAAGCUGAAAGAAUCAUGUCUGCGCUAUUAUCACGUGUUCAGGGAAGGAGAACUGACACAGCUGAUUGAGGAGCACGUAGAGGAGCUUCAUGUUCUGCACACCUGCCUGGAUCACGCCAACUGGUGCGUUGUGGCUGAGAAGGUCCAAGUGUGGAGAGUUUGAAUUUAUUUAUUGAUAUUUAUUAACUUUUUUUGUUCAUUAUGACAUUUUAAGUGUUUUUUUUUUGUUUUUUUUAAAUGUGUUUGGCUGGGUUUUUAGUGUUUGAAGUGGCUGUCUAUGAGUAGUGGUCAGUGUCGAUUCUAAACCACUAUAGCACAAUGAUGUGUUCCUAAUGUGGACUGGAACAGUAUUGCUGAACUUCUAACGGGUUUUUUCUCGUGCCAGCGGGUAAAGACAGGCUAUAAAAUAAUAGUGAUGUGAUAUUUUUCAGGUCUGAGUAAAACAAUGCAUUUCUCUUGGUCUUAAUUUGAAUAUCUGUAUAUAGUACGGUGCAAAAUACAAAGACCACCCUUCUUUUAUCUAAUUUCUAGUUGAAAAUGACCAGGUGUUCAUAUUCUGUAUCAGAAAACUACACAGAAGCCUCAACAAGUUAAUAUCAGUUUUUUUCAGUGUCUAGUGUGUCCACUCUUUGUCUUUAUUUUAUAUUCCAUUCCUUUCUGGAUGCUUGCUUUCAGUUUUUCAGAGAAACCUGGGAACACCUCCGAAGUUCAGACUUAGAAGUUGGUUUCAUUUUCUGCUUCUCACCAUCCAAGUCAUCCUAAACAUAUUCAGUGAUGUUGAGGUCUGGACUCUGGGGUGGUCAGCCUUUGGGAACACCAGCAGCUUGAAUUGCAGAUUUCCUCAAUAAGAGCCUGUUGACAGCUACACAUCCUUUCUCAUGGUGUUGUUUUCAAACAGUGGAAGGAUGGACAAACACUGGAUUUGAGACCAAUCUGAAGCAAAAUUGGAGCUUUAAGUCAUGUUUAUCUGACUGGGACAGUUUUGGUGUUCUACCAGGUCUUACAGUUGUUAGGAGUCAUGCUUUAUCUGUGUCUUUUCGUCAUUGUUGGAACCUCCGUUUAAGAAAAUCCUGUUACUUGUUUUAAUUCCUUUUCUUUAUGUAACAUCUAAUCUUCAGAAAAAUACAGUAUCUCCUAAAAAGUUUGGUAAACUAUACUUUUUAUAUCAGUAAGAGGUGGUCUCUGACUUUUGCACUGUACUGUAAAUCUGUGAUUUUGUUUUACUGAGUUUUAUGGCAGUUUACGAAAUGUAAUAUUACUAUGGCACUGAUUUUCAUGGCAAAUUUGUCACUAUUAGCUGUCUUGAGCAAUGCCUGUCUGAAACUGAGAACAUUGCACAUUGUUGUACUGAACCAAACAAUGCGAGCACAUAACUAGCAUUUAUAUAGUGAAUGCAUUCUCCUCAGGAGUUGAUAUUUUUGUGUGGUUGUGGUGUUUUGUGGUUUACGCUUAAGCUAUAAACUGCUGUUGUUUAUUGUCGUUAGAUGUUGAACCGUUCACCUGAGGUGAACCACUGAUGGUCAUGUUGCUGCUUGUGGGGAUCUCAGUAGUUUGCACAUGAAUUCCCAUCUUCAAAACUUGAAUAAUUCUGUCUUGGCUGCUGUUUUUGAUGGACGUUUUACAUAUUAAUGCAGUUUCAAUGUGCGUCUACUCAUUGUGCUACGCCAAGGAUCUUGUAAUUUUCCUUUUUAAACUUGAGCCAUGUUUCUCUUUCAUUAAACUGUGCAUUCUGACUGUUUGAACUGAAUAAAUAGGCUAUAUUUUAUUCUCA